AUGGAGAGAAUCAUCAAGAAAGUUGUUGCAUCUUCGAUAACCCCGGUACUACUAGCGUUUAAGAAUACCCCUCGUCGAAAUUACAGCUCUUCACCCAUCUUCAUCACCCAACAAUUGAAGAAUAAUAGUACCAUCAGUCGUUUAAUUUAUCAAAUUCGGACUCCAACUCGUGACUUCUCUUCUUCUUCUAUCGGUAACAAGGGACCGUCUGGAUCUCAUCAAAUCAUAUGUGAUGGUGAGGAAGCUGAACAAGUUCUUCUUAAAAAGGUUGUGGAGACACCAAGAGAGUUUCCCUUCAAAAUUGAAGAUAAACCAAGGAAGCAAACCAUAACAUUGACUAGAAAAUACCGGGGUGAUGAUAUCAGAGUCAUAGUUCAUAUGCCUGCAGAUCACUCUUCUACAAUCGAGGGAAGCGGUGAUGAGUUGGAUGACCAGAAUCAUGACAAACACAAGGAUAGUGUUGGUGAUCCACAGUCCAGCAUUCGCUUAGUUGUAACUGGUACAAAUUUUCUCGGGACUACUUUGGAGUACGGUGUCAUUGCUUAUCCAGAUGACUUUUCGGUAGACAGUUUCUGCAUCAAGUAUGCAAAUGCUCCAGAUGAAGAAAAUAUAUAUUACAGAGGACCUGAUUAA